AGAUUUUAUAAUAUUUUGGCUAAAUUCGUUUGAGGCGUGUGAAUAUCAAUCGAUGGUGCUGUUGCCAGCUCUGAGGCAGCGGCUGCGGGGUGUCGCAUUCUCGAAUCGUUCGCAGACAUUGCCCCGUUGCCGACCGUGUUUGAGGCGCCACAACGCAUCCGAGCCGAUGGAUGACCAGAGGCAGAAUGUGAUACGGGAACCGUAUUGUAUACUGAGACAGUGGCUAUCGGUGGCAUCGCAUGUGGCGCCGGCGUCGCAACCACGUUGCGCCUGCCUGGCCACCGUGGAUGCGGCGGGGCAGCCCGCCACGCGAAUGACCAACGUCCGGCAGAUUAAUGCCGCCGGGCUGACGUUCUACACGACGCUGGGCAGUCGUGUGGCGGGCAAGAUCGACAACAAUCCGCAUGUGUCGUUGCAGUUCCACUGGCCGCAAUUGAGGCGCAGCGUCCACGUCUCGGGCACUGUCAGUGACGUCAGUGCUCUGCGGUCACAGCUCCAGUUCGCCCGCUAUCCGCGCGAGGUGCAGCUCGGCAUGCAUGGCAUUUGGGCGAGCGAGAAACGUUCCCUGUGCAGCCGGAUCAUGGACUAUCUGGCUGGGAUAUCUGUCAGCGCGCCGGCGCCGGAGGAGCCGUUGCCCUUGCCUUGGAACUGGGGCGGUUUCCUGCUCCAGCCGUCGCUCUAUGAGUUCUGGCACGACAACUGUGAUGCGUCGAGCAGGAGGUGCAUGCGAUUUCAGCGCUGCCUCACGUUGCCACGUGGCAGGCGAUAUCGAGUCGUCAAUGCGAAUCGUUAUGAUUGGGUUUUCGACAGCUUCGUUGAGUACGGGUCCUAAGAAUUUGUUUUUUAUUUUCAAAAUCUUAUUAAAUUAAAUUUCUUUGUGCGA